CAAAGUUUGAAUGACCGUUACAUUUAUUCAGAUUGAAAGUGUUAAUUGUCAGCAGCUAUUUAGUGAUAAUAAUUUUUUUUUAAAUUGUGCCUGGAUAAAAAUAAUUAUAUUUUCUAUGUAAUUAUUAAUUUCAACAAGUGAUUUCAUUAAAUAGUAUACUUUAUUAAAUAUAAAAGCGCAUAAUAAAUUGUAACCUAAAAAAAAUUACGUCAGUAGCAAUGAAUGAAUUAAAUGAGAACGAUAAUAAUUUAAUAAAAUUUAAUGAUAGUGAUGUUAUUGAUUCUGAUGAAAUAUCUAUACUCAGAAGACAAAUAAAUCAAUUGACAACAGAAAAUGAUAAUUAUAAACAAGAAAUUCAUUUACUGCAAGGUAAACUAUCAGCAAGUGUUACUAUGCAGAAUGAAUUACUUGAGAAUAUUGAUUCACUUGAAGAAUCAUUGAAAAAAAAUAAUGAAUCAGUUGAUCUAAAAAUUCGUCAAGUUGAAACGAAACAUGGAAUUAAAAUUAAGGAGCUAAUGGAUCGUAUCAAUGAACUGGAGAAUGAAUUGUCAUUUCAAACAGAUAAAAUAAAUGAUGUACAGGGAAAGUUAAAUGAAGCUAAUGAUAAAUUAUUGUUAGCUGCUAAUUCAACGAUAAAUUCUACAUUCACUAAAGUUGAUGAUCAAGAUUCUGAUGAUAAAGUUAAAGAAUUAGUACAAUUAUUGGCUGAUGAAGAAAGCAAAUCAUUUAAAUUAGAGAAUGCGCUUAAAGAAUUAGAGCAAGAUAUGUUUGAAAUGAGAGAAGCUUAUAAUACUACAAAAGAACAAUUAAAAGAAAAAUCAAGUGUAUUAGAAGAAACACGUGAUGAAUUAGCUGAAUGCAGAAGUGAAUUAAUGUCAUUAAGAGCAACACCAUCUGAUCAACAAUCUAAAGGUAAUUCAUUGUUUGCUGAAGUAGAAGAUCGUCGUAAAAAAUCGUUGGAUACAAUAACUAAAUUGAAACAAAGUUUUUUUGAUGCUAAAAAAGCAUUGAAUAUUAAAGAGGCUGAAAUAAAGGCAUUGAAAGCUGAAAAAGCAGCUCUUCUUACGACAAUUGAAGACGAUAAGGAUGAUACAAUUCAGCAGAAUGCAAAUUUAAUUGAAAAAUAUAAAGAUAGAAUUUCAGAACUGGAAGUUAAAUUGAAAGAUCAGCAAAAAAAAUUCUGGCUAUUGGAAAAACAAAAAAGUCCAGUUGGUGAUGAGUUUAAAUAUUUUGAAAAUAUGUUGAGCGCUAAAAAAAAAGAAAUAGAAGAACUUUCAGCGAAACUUGAAAAUAAAUCCAUUCAAACUCUGAUUGAAGAGGAAAUAAAAUGUCAAACAAAUCAACAGUUGCGGUAUUGGCGUCGUAAGGCCACGACAAAAGAGGCACAACUAGAAGCAAUUAAAUGUCGACUUGAAACAGAUUCGUCAGGAAUGAAUAAUGAAUUAUUAAAAUUAAUUAAACAAACUGGUAAACCAGACAAUUGUUUAUACAACGAAGAAACGAAUUCAUCAAUAACUGUUAAAGUUGCUGACAGUACUCUAGAUAACACUCAACGUUUGAUAGAAAUUCCAAAGUUGCAUAAAGAAAUGAACGCAGAAAAAAAAGUUGAACGAUUUUCAAUUAUGAUCGAUAAACCAAAACCACUAGAUAGUGAUUUAAUUGAUUUCACGGAAUCAGCUAUUAAAAAUACUGAUAAAGUAAAUGAAAUUGAAAAUUCAAUUUGUAUUUUAUCCGAGAAAAAUCACGCUGAAAAAAGAGGAAUAUUGAAAUCGACAAAAGAAGUGUGGACCACUGUUUCUAGUAGCUCAUUAUUAUCUCAAUCAGCGUCAACGGCACUUAGUAAAAAUAACGGAAAAGAAAAUAAGAGUAUAAGAUUUUCUGAAGAUACUGUUGAUCCAAUGCCGAAAAAGUUAACUAAACAAAUUAACAUUACUCCAAAAUAUCCGAUAAUAUAUGCGCCGAGUAAAUCUAAGACUGAAAAAUAAUUAAAGAAAAAAAAAUGAUAAUCGAUCUUUCUAUAGUUAAAUUUAUAAAAACUUUUUUAUAUGCAUAUUAAAAAUAAAUAAUUGAUAAUUAAUA